AUGGUUGUAGUCUGGAUCCCCGGAUACGUCGGGCUGGAGGGUAAUGCACGUGCGGACGAGGCGGCAAAGACCGGGACGCCCAUCCUCCAGACCGGACCCUCGAUCAGGCCCUCUGACGCCAAGCAUUUGUUAUUUAAACAUAAGAAAACUGUAUGUUUUGUAGAGAUUGAAACUAAACCUUCGCCACGAGCAGACCUUUCUUAUAAAAUAAGUGGAACUACGCCAUGUUUGAGUGAACCACCAUCAGAUGUGUCCUCACAGAAUGACCCACAGUCGAGUACAACUUUGCAGAGUGAAAAGUCACCACAGAUUCUGUAUUCUUCAUCUCCAGAACCCAAAAAGGAUGCUGAUAUGACAGUGGAACAAGUAGGAAAUGAGUUGCGCUGCCGAGCCCAAGACAACUGUCUGAUUUAA